CUCAGAAGUAGCGAGGUUAUCUAAUAUUGAAUCUCUAUAUCUUAUCGAUAACAGCAUGAUUAGAUUACACUAAACCUCCACUAGAACUCACGCUGACGUAGCAUCGCAGCUACGUAGGGGUAGCUUUGGUACGAAAUACUCAAGCUUAUUAACCCAUAAUUUCCAGCUCUCUUCCCAAAACUUAAAUCUUUUUUUUAUAUACUCCCCGCGGCUAUACGACAACAUUCCACAGCACGCCUUUUCCCCCCGAUGCCCCUCAACGCCGGUCUGCGCAUCGCGCGCGUCCGCUCUCCAUUCCUCAGACCCAAUGGCUUGUCAUAUACCGUUAUGUCUCUCGUCGCUACGGGCCGCGCCUCAAAGCAAUGGCACAUAAUAUCCCGGACGGGCCCACGCCGCGCCGCAUCGACAGCGUCGCAAGUGAAGAGAGCACCCAAAUCGACAUCUGAAGUCGUGUCUUCGGAGCACUUGACAUCUCCCCUCCCCGCCUCGACAACCCUCAACCCGCCAGCCUCGACUCGCCCGCCUCCUCUCGACACACCGACCCGAGACCCCUCGUCCUCCAUCUUCAUAUACUUCUACCGCCUCGGCAAGGCAUACAUGACCUUCUACAAGGCUGGACUCCGCGCCAUCUUCACCAACAGAAAACUCCUCUCGCAAUCCCCCACCGCCUCCACCCCAUCCCCUCCCAUCCCCGGCUCGACAUCCUUCCCAACGCGGUCAGACGUCCUCCUGCGCCGCCGCGUACGGCACGACCUCUCGCGCCUCCCCAUCUUCGGGGUCCUGCUCAUCGUGUGCGGGGAACUCACCCCGCUCGUGGUGCUGCUGUUCCCGCGCCUCACCCCGCUUACAUGCCGCAUCCCCAAGCAGGCCGACGCUCUGCGGCGCAUAUCCGAGGCCAGGCGGGGCGCCAGCUUCCGCGCUUUGCGCUACCGGCCCGACCCGUUAAAGGGCGACGAGCCGGCUAGCAACGGCCACAUAUGCCGGAGUCUGGGGCUGACGAGCUCCCUGUGGGAUAAGAUCGGUCUAGACGGACCGUUCGCGGCGUCGUUGGCGCAGCGAGCCAUUGCGCGGAUCGCGGCUGAUGAUGCUAUGCUGCGCGAAGGUGGGGGCGUAAAGGCUCUUGUUGACGAGGAAGUUGCGUUGGCAUGUGAGGAUCGAGGUAUCAAUGCUCUGCAGAAGCCAGCCGACGAGUUGAGAAGUUUACUAGAGGAAUGGCUCCGCAAGACUGCUCCUGAGGGGGUAGGCUCGGAGAAGUUUGAUGCUGGUUUGGAAGAGUCAGCCUUGAAGAGAGCCGAGGAGAAGAUAAGGGAGACAUUGGUUAGCUUAGAUGGGAGGAUCUGAAGACCACACGACUGUAAAGUGUUUGGUUUAUGGGUAUGUCCUACUUUGCCUAGCAUGUCAAUGACCAAGGUCAUGUAUAUUUAUAUAUUGAUACCGGACGUAUUAAAAAGGUAAAAGGCUCACACAAAACUUGGCUCACUAAAAGCACUGUACAAUACACAACAAUCAGCUCAAUUCAGCGAAUGUUGUCUCAUCAUAGCGUUUAUGUUCAUGCCAUGGACAAAAGCUAUCAUCUUUUCUAUGCAUACAAGGCGUCAACACCUAGUCCACAAAUCCCGUAGAUGCAUCUGCCCUACAUACAAUAGCAAGAUGCUAAACAGGAUAGACUAGUGACUCAUCUCAGGAUAU